UGCGGGGUCCAAAUCUCACGGACUGAUGACAGCAAUGUAGGCGAGUUGUGGGCAGGGAACGGUCGGGCUGACUGUAAACCUCUUGAAUCCAUAAUCUCAGGACCGCUCAUGGCCCUGAGAUAAUUAUUGGAUGUCGGCGGCUUAUCGUCGGGCCACCCACAUCCCGCCCGGUGGACAUGGGUCAACACCCCGACCACGCCGACCCCCUGGCUUCAAAGCUGCCAAUUUGACGUCGGCAGACAGGAAGGUUUGGCUGGGUCGGCGGAGGUCGGUUCGUCCGUCAAGAUACCGGGCGGGUUGCCGUCGAGAUGCACCCGUGGUCGACCACAUCAACCAGCUUGGUAUUUUUCUCUUUGGCCACAUUUCGAACAGCAAACCUGAAGACGAUAUGUUCGCUGCUGUUGUGGUCUCCACUACCAUAAUUGCUGUUGCACACCUAUAUUUCACUCGCCAAGAGACCCCAAGACAAGAGGGUCAUCGACGAGAGGCUGAACAAAAACGACAAGAGGCUGAACGAAAACGACAAGAGGCUGAACGAAAACGACAAGAGGCUCAUGCUGCCAUGAUGAAGAUCCAGGAGGAGAUACUCUUAAGAGUAAGAGAGCUGGCGAAGGCAGUCGCUGAGCUGAAGAUUACCCACGACUCAAGGCUGUGA